ACUUUUUUUUUUAUAUUUUAUAUAUAAAUUGAUGGAUCAAGAAAAAACUGGAGAGAGAUCCAGUAUAAGUACAGCAGCCGAGUAUGUACAAGAAAAGGAUAUGCGAAGACGAUCUUUCACCACCUCUAUAGAAUCAGCACCUAGUCCUAUGACAAGAUCACUUCGUUCUGUUUCAAGUCAUGUUGCUGAACAAAUACCUGAACCUCAUAUGGGAUUAUUAAGUAGUUGUAAUAUGAUUGUUGGAUUGAUUAUUGGUAGUGGUAUUUUCGCUUCACCUGGACCUGUGACAUUAAAAGUGGGAGCAGCUGGAACUUCUUUAGUGGUAUGGUCGAUUGCCGGUGUACUCAGUUAUUUAGGUGCGAUGUGUUAUGCAGAAUUGGGAACGAUGAUCACCAAAUCUGGAGGAGAAUAUCAAUAUUUACGACAAGCUUAUGGAUUAUGUAUGGGCCUUACUUUUACGUGGAGUAAUUUAUUAUUGACCAACGGGAUCGGCACUGCUUCUAUUUCCACCGUCUUUGCUCAGUACAUUCUACAAAUGGCUUAUUUUGAUCCCAACAACCCCGCACAUCAACCUGACAUGCCUGAUUAUGCUCUCAAACUUGUCGCUAUUGCUUGUAUAUGGACCGUGGUGGCUUUCAACUGUUUUGCUCGGAAGGCUGGCACUUGGGUACAAAAUAUAUUUACUGCCGCCAAACUUAUUGCCUUGGCUAUGAUCAUCAUCAUUGGUUUUAUUUGGCUUGGAAAAGGAGGUGUCAAAAAUUUGGAAAAUGCCUUUGAAGGUAGUAGUACAAAUGCUCUGGAUUAUGGUACAUCACUUUAUUUGGCUCUUUUCUCUUAUAAUGGCUGGAACAAUUUGAACUAUGGUAUCAGUGAAGUCAAGAAUCCAAAGAAGGUGCUCCCUAUUGCUAUUACAAUUAGUUGUUUCUUAGUCACUGGUGUAUACGUAUUAGCCAACAUUGCUUAUUUCGCCACCCUUCCUGUUGCUACAGUUGCCAAGUCCACUACAGUCGCCAUGCAACUUGGACUGGUCGCUAUGGGAAAUGCAGGUGCUUAUUUCUUUGCUCUGAUGGUGGUUCUAUCUACUUUUGGUGCAGUCAAUGGCAAUGUUUGGGCAGCUUCUCGAUUGGUAGCAACUUGUGCUUCUGAAGACAGUGUAUUUAUCCCUCCUUUCUUUGGUAAACUACAUAGUGGUCGUGGUACACCUGUGACAGCUUUGAUUUUGGUUGGUAUCAUUGCCACUAUUUGGUGUAUUCCUGGUGAUUUUACUUAUUUAGCCAAGAUGUAUAGUUUCACAGGUUGGCUCUUUUAUGGUAUUACAAUUGCUGGUUUGGUGGUCAUGCGAUUCAAAAAGAAAACAAAGGAUAUGGAGAGACCUUUCAAGAUUUGGCUUCCUCUUGCGAUUUUCUUUGUCAUCAUCGACUGCUACUUGGUGAUUGCUCCUUUGGUAGAUGCUGGUUCGGAGGGAGUAUAUCAAUAUAUUAUUUGUGUCAUCGUUGGGUUACUUGGUAUUCCUCUUUGGUAUAUUCGCGUCAAAAAACCAGAAAUCGGUCGCAAGUUAUUUGGUUGGUUACCGUUUUAUGAAGAUGCUAAAAUUCUUAGAUUUCAGCAAGUGAAAUUGAACAAUAGACAUGAAAAUGGAUCAUCACCUAGCGACGAUAGCCAUCAUUUGGACGAAAAAGUGUUACAGGAAGAAGAAGAGCAACAAAUGAAACAGUAGUAUAGUGUACACAAAUACCCCAUGCUCUUUUUCUCAAUCAUCAUAUAUAUUUUUAGUUUUUUUUUAUUUUCUUGUUUUAAUAUAUAUAUUUAUUAUAAUUCAUCAUCAAUAAACUUUUAUGUCUAUCAUUUGGCUUUGGAUUUCCGAUUGAAUGAUUUUCCC